AUGCGAUCGCUUCUGAAGCCCUUCCGCGGACCAUGGUCUUCCGACGGCUCCGUAGACGCUCGCCCCGCAAGAGGCUCACCCAGCAAACUCUCUGUCGGACCAAGCGAUCCCAAUUUCGCGCAGCAGGUGUUCAAGAGCGAAAGUCCGAAGUACGACUCGAGCGACAUCUACGGCGCCUCCGAACCCACCGGCAGCCCCGCUGACGCCGACAGUGAGCCGAAUUUUCAGACGCAAGAGCUUGGAAUAGCGGUGUUGAGACGGAGUGCCAGUGAUAUUGAAUAUCAGAUUGCGGAGACCGGGACGCAGGCGGUUGAGGGCGGGAAUUCUCCUCACUUCACUGACGAUGCAUCCGACGAUUUGACGAAUUUCUUCAUAGCGGCGAGCGACGAGGCCGGUAUGGCACAGCAAGAGAACCGUGAUGGAGUUUUACGGCAACCCACUCAAGCAGUGGAAGAUGAAGACGACGUUCAAGUCAAGCGUGGUGCGAGGGUUAAUGCUCCUCGGCGGAUCAAGAGCGAGCCUCGAGAUGAAGACUACCGCACCCCACAUCAGCGCGGCCCUAAUCACUCUGGACUGGAGCGUGCCUCCGAUGGUCUUCCGGGUCGGUUGCAGGGGACUACGUCCACCCAGCACUCUACGCAAGGUGGGCCUGCCGGAUACUACUAUGGUCAGAUGCCCGGCAAUGAGCAAGCAGCCGCUUAUGGUCAAACUGGCAUGGCCAUGUAUGGACAGCCUCCGAUGCCGGAUGUCCCGUACCAAGGCACCUUCAAUGGACCCCAGCAGAGCGCUAUGUACGGGCAGGGCAUUCCCCCUUACAGCCACGACCACUACUACGGACAGAUGCCGGAUCCACAUCAGUAUGGUUAUUAUCCACACGGCACCUAUCAGGCGUACAGUCAGCCCCAGGCGUCUUUGUACAGGAGCGCUCGAGCAACAGGCAAGCGCAAGGCCGAAGAUGAACCUGUCGCCCACUCCGACGGUGACGAUGAUGGAUCUUCAGAUGACGAGCCCUUGGUAACGCGCACGCAGCGACACCACUCAAUCCUCAGCCACUCCAAUGCAUCAAAUUCCGGCAUGGGUCGCAGCUCCCCUACCGCCGCAUCAGGAUCUUUAUAUCAAGCCGACGCGCACGGUGGCGCCUCCACCAACCCUCGCGUUCCCACCAAGCUCAAGCUUACCGUUAAGAAACCUACACUCGCUCGUCCCCUCCCCCAACCUCAACCUAGUCAGUCAUCCGAACAAUUCUCCUCCUCCGCCGCCGACAACAAUGGCAUAUCCUGGAAGCUUCCAACCUACGCCGUCGAGCCACACACAAGCGGUGACGGCUAUCCCAGCGUGAAAGUCUCCCUCCCAGGCCUUGUCCGCGAAGAACUACUCUUGUCCGCCGACCACGCAGCCCAAGAGAUACAUCUCUUCAAGCACCUCUUCCUGCCCGGCCAACAAGCCCUCGCUACCCCAGAUCCACAGCCCACCAUCGCGGUGCUGAACUUCCACACCGUCUGCACACUGGUGCUAGACGCUUACGAUGCCUAUGAGAUCGGGGAUCUGGAAGCCCACUCGCGCCCUCAGCCGCCCUCCGCCCCUGAAGGAGCUGUCGGGAUCCUCGAUGCGCGCGAAGUUUCCGUAGACGACAUCUUCUUUGCGGCCAUCGACCGUUGGCGCGCGGGCAUGGCCGGCGACCACGGCAAGAAGAACUACGCCUUGAUCCGCGGCAUCCAGGAAUUCUGCGACAUCGCGCUGGACGUUAUAUACUACGUUCAUGAACAUGGACUGCUGCGCGAGAAGGAGAAGCAGAAAAUGGAUGGACGGGUGCGCAAGGAGCGCAGCGAUAAGGGCGUGCCGAGGAAACCAAGGGGCGGUGGUGCUUCGCAGCAGCCACAGGCGCAGACGCAGGUGGCGAAGAAGGCACCGGGACGGCCCCCGAAGGCGGAGAAGGCGGGCGCGAAGAAGAGUGCGGCUGCGGCUGGAGCUGGGAGGGGAAAGGUGAACACGCUGCAGGCGAGGAAGAAGGCGAAGAAAGAGCCUGCAAAGCGGGAGCGCUUGGGGGAAGUCAGCGUGACGAAGGCGCCGGCGAAGAGGAAGUGA